GCAGCAGCGCUCCCGCCGCCGGCGCCGCGCCAGCCCGGCCAUGGCCGCCACCGAUGUGGAGCGCUUCUCGAAUGAAGAGAAGAGGAACCUUUCCCUGGGGGGCCAUGUGGGCUUCGACAGCCUCCCCGACCAGCUGGUCAGCAAGUCUGUCACACAAGGCUUCAGUUUCAAUAUCCUCUGUGUGGGUGAGACUGGCAUUGGGAAGUCCACGCUGAUGAACACCCUGUUCAACACCACGUUUGAGACGGAGGAAGCCAGUCACUACGAGAGCGCCGUGCGCCUGCGGCCGCGCACCUACGACCUGCAGGAGAGCAACGUCCACCUCAAGCUGACCAUCGUGGAUGCCGUUGGAUUUGGGGAUCAGAUAAAUAAAGAUGAAAGUUACAGGCCAAUCGUAGAGUACAUUGAUACGCAGUUUGAAAACUAUUUGCAAGAAGAGCUGAAGAUCCGCCGGUCUCUCUUCAACUACCAUGACACAAGGAUUCACGUCUGCCUCUACUUCAUCACCCCCACCGGGCACUCCCUCAAGUCCUUGGACCUGGUGACAAUGACAAUGAAGAAGCUGGAUAGCAAGGUGAACAUCAUCCCAAUUAUUGCCAAAGCAGACACUAUCUCCAAGAGUGAGCUGCACAAGUUCAAGAUCAAGAUCAUGAGUGAGCUGGUCAGCAAUGGAGUGCAGAUCUAUCAGUUCCCCACGGACGACGAGGCGGUGGCCGAGAUCAACUCGGUGAUGAAUGCUCAUCUGCCCUUCGCUGUGGUCGGCAGCACGGAGGAGGUGAAGGUUGGGAACAAGCUGGUGCGAGCUCGGCAGUACCCGUGGGGAGUGGUGCAAGUGGAGAAUGAGAGUCACUGUGACUUUGUGAAGCUGCGGGAGAUGCUGAUCCGGGUGAACAUGGAGGACCUGCGGGAGCAGACCCACACCCGCCACUACGAGCUCUACCGCAGGUGCAAGCUGGAGGAGAUGGGCUUCAAGGACACAGAUCCAGACAGCCAGCCCUUCAGCCUCCAAGAAACAUACGAGACCAAAAGGAAAGAGUUCUUGGGUGAACUCCAGAGGAAAGAGGAAGAAAUGAGACAAAUGUUUGUAAACAAAGUCAAGGAGACAGAGGCAGAGCUGAAGGAGAAGGAGAGAGAGCUGCAUGAGAAGUUUGAGCACUUGAAAAGGAUACACCAGGAAGAGAAAAGGAAGGUGGAGGAGAAAAGGAAGGAGCUGGAGGACGAGAUGAACGCCUUCAACAGGCGGAAAGUGGCAGUGGAAACCCUGCAGUCCCAAUCCUUGCAGGCUACCUCACAGCAGCCAUUGAGGAAGGACAAAGACAAGAAAAACAGAUCAGUAAUAACAGGAAACCAACCAGGAGUCUGCCUCUCCAGCUCCAAGGUGAUGAUCACCAAAACCAACGUGGAGCCCUUAAACUGCACAAGUUGGUGGCAGGCCAUACAGUGCUGCAGCUGCUUGGUCAAGAGUGCAACAUGGAGGGAAGGAUUCCUCUGAGGCAGUCUGGGUGGGAGAUGGGGCCAGCUGGACAUCACCAUGGCAUGGAACUGCAGAGAAGAUAAAGUGUACAUAUAUAUAUAUACACACAUAUAUAUAUGAAAAGAAAAGCAGAGGUUAGUGAAGUUUAUAUGUUUUCAUGUCAUCACCCAAAAGUACAGAUGACUUUCAUCUCAUAUCAGGAAACUUGAAGGCUUCCCUCACCUUUUUUCUUUUUUUUUCCUUUUUUUUUUGUGUUUGUGUUUGUACUUGCCAAUCAUUGAACUGUUUUUUUGAGCUGAUAAUGAAUGUAUGAGGUCUGUGUUUCCUAACAAUUUCUGAGGUUUCUACAUUAUCCAGACUGCUGUCCAGGAGAUUCAAUUCAGGCUAGCAGCUCCAAAUCCAGUAAAACUAGUAACACUGCACUCUGAAUUCAGCAAGGAAACAAUCACCUAUGAAAGGCAGUUUUUACAAUCAGCAGCCUAAAAUGGCUUAAUAUUUGCACAUGACCUUAAAAUAGGGAUCCAGGAUGUUUUCGUAUCACAUGAAUUUUGCCUUACUAGCACAUGAUUAUUUCUUGAAGACAAAGUUUAAUUGUUUCUAUUAACUGUUUAGUAACUGCAAUGUGAACUAAGUGCCAGAUCAGGGUAGUCUCAUUGCAUAAAUGAAUAAUUAGAGGGAUGAAAAGGAAAAUAGUUUUUAAAAAAACUGUGUGUGAAAUGUAGCAAAACUCUGACAGCUUUCUAUGUACAGUAUUAAUAGACGGGAAAUAGUUAGAAAUAUUUUUGCAGCUUGUAUUUAAAAAAAAAAUAAAGAAGGCAUAGAGUUGUUAUAUUAUGAGAAUCUUUUUAAUGUCCAUUCAGUUGUCCUUUAAAGAUGAGAGUAAAUUUUUUUGAGCAAAAUAGAAGGUUUUAAAUAGUAGAAAAUUGUAAAAAAAUUAAAAUAUAAUUCCUGUAAUAUUCUUUAAAAGACUUGAAGAUAAGUAGGAACAGGUAGUUUGCCAAACAUCUUGGGAAGGAUGUGUGGGUGUGUGUGUGCGUGUAUCUGUGUUUUUUAGUCUUACUUGAUAAGAAGUUGUUUCUUUAAAGAAAAAACAUUGCAAAACAUAGUACUUACAAUGUUUAAGAAAUCCAAUGGUGUUGCUGUGUAAAGAUCCCACUGAAGCUUAUCCAGUAUAAUUCUUUCCAUUCUCAAGAUCUCGGCUGGAGAGUGUUUACAUCCGCUCUGCACCACUAGCAUCUGCACUGACGGUAUUACCUGUAAAAAAAUUUUUAAAAACUAAAAAAAAAAUAAA